UCCUCUAGACUUGCCUGUACUUGCAGUCAUUUGAGCAACUAACAAGCUUCAAACAUGGUCUAUUCCCAGCCCCAUGUUUACGCUACAAUUUUUACUUUGUCUGUCCUUAAGGCCUGUGCUUUGGACAGCUACAUUGCAGCAGUGUAUGAGCACUCAGUUAUAUUAUCAGAGGACACCAAAAUACCUGUUUCUCCUGAAGAUGCUUUGAUGCUGAUGAACAAAAAUAUGGAUGUUUUGGAAGGGGCCAUCAAAGCAGCAGCCCUGCAGGGUGCAUGUAUUAUUGUGACUCCUGAAGAUGGUAUUUACGGCUGGGUUUUCACAAGAGAAACCAUUUACCCCUAUCUUGAGGACAUCCCAGAUCCACAGGUGAACUGGAUUCCAUGUACUGACCCUGACAGAUUUGCUCCUGCACCAGUGCAGGAAAGACUCAGCUGCAUGGCAAGGAGAAAUGCGAUCUAUGUGGUUGCCAAUAUUGGGGACAAGAAGCCAUGUAAUUCCAGUGAUCCCAAAUGCCCCAGCGAUGGUCACUAUCAGUAUAAUACCGAUGUUGUCUUUGAUUCAGAAGGGAAAUUGGUGGCACGCUACCAUAAGUAUAACCUCUUUGUGACAGAAACUCAGUUUGAUUACCCUAAGGAGCCAGAGUUUGUCACUUUCAAUACAUCCUUUGGAAAGUUUGGCAUUUUCACUUGUGCGGACAUACUUUUCCAUGAUCCUGCUGUGGUCCUGGUGAGCAAGUUACAAGUGGAUACUGUGUUGUUCCCAACAGCUUGGAUGAAUACUCUACCACUUUUGUCUGCUAGUCAGUUCCACUCUGCAUGGGCUAUGGGAAUGGGUGUCAAUUUUCUUUCAGCAAAUAUACGCAACUCCAGUUUAGAUAUGACAGGGAGUGGCAUCUAUGCACCAAAUGGACCCAGGGCAUUUCAUUACAAUACAGAAACAGAAAACGGUCACCUCCUGGCUGCAGAGCUGAGUUCACACCCUCGUCUUUCUCCCACUUACCCUAUUGCUGUCAACUGGAGCUCGUAUGCCGCAAGCAUCAAACGAUUCUCACCAGAUGACCAUGAUUUCAGCGGAGUCAUUUACUUUGAUCAGUUCACCUUUACUGAACUCGCUAAGCCUGAAGGAAACCGAACAGUUUGCCAGAAAGACCUUUGCUGUCAUUUGAGCUACAGGAUGGCGGAGAAGCGAGAAGAUGAAGUAUAUGUGCUAGGUGCUUUUGAUGGCCUCCAUGUUGUUGAAGGAGAAUACUAUUUGCAGAUAUGCACACUACUGAAGUGUAAAAGCACAGACUUGAAAACUUGCGGGCAGCCAGUGGCUACUGCUCACACCAGCUUUGACACAUUCUCUCUCAGUGGCACAUUUGGCACUAGCUACAUCUUUCCAGAAGUCUUGCUCACUGGGGUUCUACUGGCGCCUGGUGAAUUUCAGGUAUUAAGUGAUGGACGUCUGAUAAACCAGAAUGGCACUUCUAAACCAGUCUUGUCAGUGACACUCUUUGGGAGGUGGUAUGAAAAGGACCCCCCACACCCACAACAGGCUUUCCCAUGAUGUGGCUAUUGAUGCUUUUCUCAGAAUAGGAACAUCCUGUAAUGUUAAUCUGUGUUAACUACAGUCGUUAUCUACUAUCUUAUUUUUCAUAUUCUGCAAUCUAAAUAUAUUCUGUCUAGUCAGUGCAUGUUACAUUAUUGACACAAUUCCAUUACAAAACCAAUUAACUGGACAGCAGUUCUGCAUCUUUAUUAACUGUUAGCCUCUACUUGCUGCUGGCUUGAUUUUGCUGCCAUUCAAACUGAGAGAAAAACUUCCACUAACUUUAAUAUGGCGGGAUCCAGUUCUUUAUCAGCAGAUAUUGGCCUGAGCAACAAAACUCACCUUAGAACCUGGAUUUUUACCCCUUAAAACGUUUACUUUAGGAGCUGGGGUAGAGGUCACCUCUGGGAUUUUGUUCAGGCCCACAUCUAAACAAAACUGUUGAUAAAUCAGAGAUUCAUGUAAACUAUUAAUUAGAUCCAUUCUUCCGAGUUGUCAAUCCAAUACCUUCCACGAGUACUGUAAUUAUUUUGAAAAAGAGAAAAAAUUGAAAUCCUUCAAUUAGAUAAUGUAGUUACAUUUUCAAAUUAACAUUCCUUUUAAUAGACUACCCCAUCACACCAAAUUAUAGUUUCAAAUGAUUCUGUUUUCCAUAUACAAUGCAUUUUCCCUGAGCACUGUACAUUAUGAGCAUAUUUUAAGUAUGUGGUAAAUAUGCUUAUUUUAAAAAAGGCAAUACUGUAGUUGUGCUAUAGUUUUCAAACAGCGAUCUGUACCCAUGCAAAAAGUCCUGAAAAUGCCAGGAAAUGUGCAAUAAUGUUCAUGGAGGUCUAUGUACCCUCAGUAUUUCUAAUGCACCCAUCACUAUCAAAAUAGCAAGAUAAAAAGGAUUUGGGUGUGUUCUGUUGAAUGUUCUGUGUUUUUUUAGGGACCUACAUAUACUUAACUUGACUUGUUUUAGUUGUUCUGCUGUAGUCAGGGUACUCAUGUGAGUAAGUGUUCACAUGAGUGGGACCUAUACUUUACUGGAAGUGGAACAUGUGAACUUCCUUUUUCUGGAGUGAUUUAAACGGGGUGUUUAGUUUUUGAUUCGGUUACUUUUCAAAGUGAAUUUAAAAUAUCAGUAUCCAUUUUCUUAUUAUAAUUAAAUGCAAUUGUUUAAGAUUAAAAAACCCUGCAUUCA